AAUUACUCUUGACCAAGCAGUAGUCUCACUGCUGUAUCGCACACUCUUGCAACAAUUCAGGUAGUAUGUCUGGACGUGGUAAAGGCGGCAAAGGCCUUGGGAAGGGAGGCGCUAAGCGCCACCGCAAGGUUCUGCGAGACAAUAUCCAGGGUAUCACCAAGCCCGCCAUCCGCCGCCUGGCUCGUCGCGGUGGUGUGAAGCGCAUCUCCGGGCUCAUCUACGAAGAAACCCGCGGGGUGCUGAAGGUGUUCCUGGAGAAUGUGAUCCGGGACGCGGUCACCUACACGGAGCACGCCAAGCGCAAGACUGUUACCGCCAUGGACGUGGUCUACGCGCUCAAGCGCCAGGGCCGCACCCUCUAUGGCUUCGGCGGCUAAAGCUUCAUCCAGCAAGAAUACUGGAGUGGGUUUCCAUUUCCUACUCCAGGGGACCUUCUCAAUUCGAUCGAACCCGCGUCUCGCGUCUCCGGCAUUGGCAGGCGGCUUCUUUUCCACUGCACCACCUGGGAAGCCCGAAGUAUUUUAAUAAACAUUUGUGCAAAUUGCCAGAAACUGCCGGGGUGCUGCUGGUCGCUGACAAGCCAGAUUAAUUAAAUACGCUGCAGGAAAGACCCUGAGUAUUAAUGUUUGCAGUGAGCGACGCUGGGAUCUGCGCUCUGAUCUCUGCAGCCCCACCACCUCGUUGUCCUCCUCCGGGUCUCGCCCCAAACCUUCGCCUCCGGUACCUCUCAAGUUUGAGUCAUCCAUCAUGCUGACUGCCGUGACCCUUCGUAAACCCAGUGGUCUUGGUUUUUAAAGUGCCUUGGCAUUGCUGAUUUUCAUCCUCAGGCUGGAGGCCUCUGGCUAAGCAGUUUAUAAAUUCCCAUUUACUAUAUUCUGUUCUGAACCCUGAGGCCUCUAGCAGGGCCUUUGAGAUGGUAGACAGACGCUCCCUCCUUUGUGGUAAGGUGACUCUUAAGUGGCUCUCUUGUACUUUCAGCUUCAUUCCAGCUCGUCUCUCUCUGUACUCUGCUGUAAGUUAUACUCUAAAAUGAAACUUUCAAACAUGACAAUAUGGUUAACAAAAUUUUUUUUCGACGUGUGCUCAAUUGAUAAACCAGCCGACUGAUUGAAUAAUCAGCCUCCUUGAUUUUUUGUUUGAGACGUGUAUUGAUGACUGCUCUAGGAAACACUGCCGUCUCGUCAUUCUGCUAACACCUGUUUUUUGAUCCUGGAGGAGAUACUGACUAGGCAGUUGAGAAAGCGAGGUUCUUAAUUUCAGGUGAGACUUCUGGACUAGAGAAAAAAACUGAGGACUCAUCAACAUAUAAAUGGUCAGACUGGAUGAGAGCACUAAGAACUUAAACAUGUUUUAUAGCAGCACGUUGUUUGUAAAUGAGUGGAAGCAAUAGAAAUUGUCAUCAAAACAGACCACAGAAAAUACCUAUAUCCAUAAAAUGGUGUCUUAGUUCAGGCUGAUACAAUAAAAAUACCAUGGACCUUG